UCCUUCCCUCAUUAUUGGGUUGAUUUGGUGAGCAACUUCAUUUAUUGAUUGUGGCUAAUGAAAGAGGGUGUUCCAGCAUUGCAUUUGCAUCACAAGGUAGCUCUUCUCUUGGAAUCAUCAUGCAAAACCCAAUCCCACAUUUCUCAAAUUCACGCCUUUAUGCUCAAAACCGCACUCAUCAACCUUCCCUUCCCGCUCAGCAAGCUCCUCGCAGCAUCAAUCUCACACGUCCACUACGCUGCCUCCAUUUUCAAUUCUGCUCCAAACCCCAAUCUUUUCAUGUUCAACACUAUGCUUAGAGGAUAUUCCAUCAGCAACUCCCCUGCCAAGGCCUUGCCCCUUUUCAACCAACUUAGGAACUGCCCAAUUCUCAUUGACCGCUUCUCUUUCAUCACUGUCAUCAAGGCUUGUACUAGGCUUUCCAACCUUGUCUUUGGGCGAGGCCUUCAUGGCCUUGCACUCAGGUCUGGAACUCUGCUUUUUCUUGAUUUCAGGAAUACCCUUUUGCAUUUCUACUGUGUUUCCAGGAGACUUGGAGAUGCUCACAACCUGUUUGAUGAAUUUCCCCGACGAAAUGACUUGGUCUCAUGGAACACUUUGAUGGCUGGCCACCUUCUUGCUUCUAAGCCUGAGCUGACCUUUCAUUUGUUUCGGAAGAUGCGUUGUUGCGGGGUUGAAGCGAGUGUUGCAACUGCAUUGAGUCUUUUGUCGGCAGCUACUGAUAUGCGGAGUUUUCUUGGAGGGAAGUGUCUUCAUGGUUACUAUAUCCGACUUGGACUUAGUUCUAAUUUGAAUGUUCUUACUGCAUUGAUUGAUCUCUAUGCAAGAAUGGGUCGUAUCUUUUUGGCACAUCGAGUUUUUGAUGGUGUUGCUCAAAAGGACGUUAUCCUGUGGAACUGCUUGAUUGGCAAGUAUGCAAGAAAUGGGCUGCUUGGAGAAGCAGUAAAAUUGCUGCAGCAAAUGAGUCUUGAAAGGUGUAAACCUAAUUCUUCUACUUUAGUUGGGUUGCUUUCGGGUUGCCCUGCUUCCGGAUCUAUGCAAGUAGUACGAUACGUUACUAAUUUUAUGGUAGAGGAGAAACUAGAGCUGGAUGCAGUUCUUGGAACAGCACUUGUUAAUGCAUAUGCCAAAUGUGGCUUUCUAGACGAGGCUACAGACAUAUUUGAGAGGAUGAAGGGUAAAGAUAUGAAAGCAUGGACAGCCAUGAUUUCAGGUCAUGGAAUUCACGGCCAGCCGACUAAUGCUGUUAAUCUUUUCAACAGGAUGGAGAAUGAAGGGUUUAGACCAAAUGAGGUUACAUUCUUGGCAGUUCUCAGUGCUUGUAGCCAUGGAGGGCUUGUAAUUGAGGGGAUGGAAAUUUUUAAGAGCAUGGUUUGCAAAUAUGGCUUUUCACCACAAGUUGAACAUUAUGGAUCUUUCAUUGAUCUUCUAGGUCGAGCAGGGAUGCUACAUGAAGCGCACAAACUAAUUGAAAGUUUGCCUAUUAAGGGCGAUGCAACUGCAUGGCGUACAUUGCUUUCUGCUUGCCGAGUCUAUGGUGAUGUUAAAUUGGGGGAAUGUGUGAAAGAUGUGCUAAGCAGCAUUUAUACAGAGCAUCCUACAGAUUCACUCCUGAUUUCUGGCAUUUACGUUGCUGCUGGAAGAAUCUCAGAUCUAAUAAGAUUGCAAGAAAUGAAGCAAACUAAUGCUGUUACAGUUGAAACUGAUGGAGGAAAUAUGUUGAAGGAAGCUGGAGUCAGUAUAGUUGAAAUUGAUAAUCAGGGAUGAGGAUAUUGAUGGUUCAAGUAAAAUCAUUGUCUCUAACUCUAUCACGCAUAGUGGUGGUCUCAAUACCUCGGGACAUGAUACAAUUUUGAUGUCAACAUUCAAUUGUGCAAUAUGGCAUCUCUGCUUGUAUGGCAUGAUUCAUGUCCACCAAAUUAGAUAAUAUUGUGAUUUGCUCCUGGAGCACCAUACCGUCAAUAAACCCAACAAGGGUAAAGCAAGAAGAGGAUGUAAUAGCAGGGAUUCUUAUAUGGUCUUCUUAUUAUUAUUAAAUCUCAAAAAUGCAUAAUAAUGCAAACUUGCACAGCUUCACUGGGAACAUCAUCUUCCGGUGGUAUUGCUUCAUCUGAUGAUGCCUCUGAGAGGAUCAAAUCAGGCUUCAUUCACUUCAAGAAAGAGAAAUGAACAAGCUGAGGCGGAUGCUGAGAGGAUUAGUGUUGGUGUUACUAGCAAGGCACAGCAUCUUUGAUGCUUUGUCCAAAACUCUUGUAGACGCUAGAAUUAUGCUUCAUGUGGUUUUGGCCAUGGCCCCAUGCCAAGUUGAUACUUUGUUGCUAGUUGGUUCUUCCACACUUUAAUGGCGCAUCACGUGUUUAUAGGCAAUACAUUAGACCUUUCUAUAUGAACCCACAACUUUUGCACCUGCCGCAGAUGCCACGAACUUCUCACAUGUGGUAUGUUCCAAGAAAGAACAUAUUCAGCAAGUAAGACGAUGUUUUGACCGUGGCUGAGAGAUACAUGGAAGAGCAUGGACAGAAGCCUUUGAAAGACUCAUAAGCAGGGUAACAAAAAUUUGCUAUGUUGUGCACACUACAUGAUUCACAACUUUCUCACCCUUUAGCUUAGAUUUAGCACUAUCUCUGUCAAAACUCAAAGACUUCACAGGGAGGAAGACGCUUUACAGUGAUUAAAUAAUGUACUAUAUGUUAUUUGUAAUAUUGCAUAUGGAGGUUGAUUGUCAAAUUCAGUUUUGGUUAUUCAAGCAUUUUGGAACAAUAGGCCACUAGAAAUUAUUGUAGUUAACGUAUCAUGUGCUAGAAUACUUGGCUUA